AUGGCUACAGUUGCGAGAGACUUAACCAGUAUUGCACUAUUAAUUGCAGAGAUUUCAAAUUAUAGUGGACAAAUUCCACCAGAUGAAUAUAAGAUGGCUGGAAAAUAUACAAAUAUACCUGCACAAUACCCCGUAGGUACAAAUAUUGAUACUCCAGCUCGUUUUAUUGUUUGGUUGUGUUAUAAAUAUCAGACAGAGACAGUUGGAAUACAACAAGUUGCUACUCAAAAAUUAGCACAAGAAAAAUUCUUACUAUUUGAUAAUCCAGAAUCAUAUGAGGCUAGAAUCCAUCCUCUUUUAUUAGGGGUUGCUGAUGGUGAUGCCAAUAUCUUAGGACUUCUUAAGGGUCAUUUAUCAGGAAAGCUUUAUACUUGGAUGAAAAUCACUAACCCUGAUGGCAUUGAUGCAUUUUUUACAGAACUUAAAAAUAUGUGGUUAGAAUGUCCUCCAAAUUUGUAUAAAGGCUCCAUUCCUGACCAAAUCUCUCAAACUUCAGCUGUUAAUAUACAAAAUAAAUCAUAUUCCGAUAGUAGUAGUAUAUCUCGAGCUGAACUAGAUAGUAUGAUAAAAUCACAAUUAGCUUUAGUACCAACUACUUCUAUUCAGUCUUCACAGCUACAGAAAACACAAGCUUUACAGUCUCAGCAAAAGCAACCUAAUUUCAGUGACUACCUUAGAGUACCAGAUAAAUAUAUGCCAGAAAGACCACCAGAUAAGUAUGGUGUAAAUUCUGAAAAAUUUAUUCAUUGUGAUCUUAUAAACCCAACUCCUUCAGCCAGCCAAAUUAUAGAAUCUUUAGCUAAUGAUCUUUAUAAAAAAGUGUCAGAUAUGUUUUCAGCAAAGCCAGUGCAAUCAAAGAAAAAUAUUGAAGUUGACUCUGAUGAAGAACUAGCUGAUCGUAUGGUUAAGUUAUCAAUAAAUAAGACUUUGUUGAAAGAACCAGACACAAUUCUUGCAAGUGUCUUAGAAAGAAAUCUAAGAAUUCCAAGAGAUCUAGUAAGUAUAAAAAAGGUAUCCAAAUCUCACAAGAUCGAUAAGGAACCUAAGUCUCACAAGAGGGGUGGGAGUAAGCAAACAGUUUUAGAACAAAUUAUUUGUAAAAUUAUCCAAAGUGAACUUAAAGAUAUUUUACUUUCAUUAUUACAGGAGCUUAAUUUUAAUAAUAAAAAAUCAUACCAUAUUCAAAAUAAUAAUUAUCAAGAACUAGCUCUAGAGAUAUCCAAUUCGGUUGAAGAUAAGACUUUGGAUGACCCUAUGGAAAUUGAUUUUGUUUGUCAGAAAGAAGCCGAUACAGGUAUUGCGACUAUACCAUGCAAAAUUAAGUGUUUAAAAAUCUCAGCAAUGAUACUUGAUAAUAGGGCUGAAACUGAGAUCGUAACAGAAGAUAUUGUUAAGCGUAUAAAUAGAAAAAUUGAUAGAUCUGUGAAGUAUGACCUUAGUGGUAUUGCUACUGUUCCAAUUGAGUCUAUUGGUAUCAUUCGUAAUUUACCAAUAACACUAACUCCUGAUUGUACUAUAUAUGAGGAUUUUGUAGUUGUGAAACAUUUCAAGCCAAUGUUAAUAUUUUCAAACCGACUUCUCAAGAAAUAUAAAUGUGUUAUUGAUUGGAAUAAUGAUAAAAUGAAGAUUCAUCACAAUGGAAAGGAUCAUAUUUUUCCUGUAACUAUGCAUAAGGUGAAGAAUAAGCUCAAAGUAAAUUACGCUACUGCGACUCAAGAUGGCUCACAUAAUGAGGAUACUAUUACAUCUAAGCCUUUGGUAUCUGAUCAAAUUUUACAGGAAGUAGAUAGUGAUAAGGAUGACAGUAUACCAUUGGAGGAAUGGCAUGCUCCUGCGGGUUUUAGCUCAGAUUCUGUUGAUUCGUCAUUAAAAAAAAUGCAUGAGCUAUAA